GCUAACCAUCUUAGCAUACAGUCAAAAUUUAUUAGACUUUAACUAAAGUGUUUUUUUUUUAACUUUGAUUAAUUAUCCACUCAAAAUGUCGGCUUCAACUUUGAGUGGAUUAUUUUUAUUGAUAAUUCUAAUUGAAAGCUCUCCUCUUUUGGUCGAUGAUGAUCCAGAGAAUCGGUGCGUGCUAAGGGAUGUUGAAUGUAAGCCCGGUUUACAGCGACCGUGCUGUAACCUAAAUGAUUAUUGCAAGCAGAUGGACUCUGAAGAUUCAUUCAAGUGUACGGAAAAAAACUUAAAACCUGCGUUGGGAAGAUUUUGUGAAAUACAUGAGGACUGUGAUGGAAUAUGGCAUUCAAAAUGUUCAAAAAACAAGUGUGUUUGCAGGGAAAACAAUAUUAAAUACAAUGAAACAGCUUGCGCUCCAAUAUUGGGCGGAUUUUGUUGGAAAAAUGAAACAUGCGUGACUGAAAAUUCUGUUUGCAUUGAUCAGGAGUGUCAAUGCAAGGAGAAUCACACACAAAUUUUGAACAAGUGCAUAUUUACUGUCUAA